UACAUCUUGCAGGGUCACUGGGAAGAGUGACACGAUGCGUAUGGCCCACUCAGCACAGUGCCUGGCGCAUAGUAGGUGUGGAACUCAGUAGUAGCUGCCAUUUUAUUAUUAUUGUUAUUGUUAUUCCCAUAUACAAGGUGCUGUUGGGAACACAGAGGAAGUGACUGACUGGGGGUUCAGGGAAAGCUCCGUAGAAGAGGGAACACUUGAGCUGGGUCUUGAAGGAUGAGUAGAAGUUCACCAAGUGGGAAAGGACACUCUAGGAUGGCCGAGCCUCGGUUUAACAACCCCUACUUCUGGCCCCCUCCUCCCACCAUGCCCAGCCAGCUGGACAACCUGGUCCUGAUCAACAAGAUCAAGGAGCAGCUGAUGGCAGAGAAGAUCCGGCCGCCCCACCUGCCACCCACAUCGGCCUCAUCACAGCAGCCGCUGCUGGUGCCGCCGGCGCCGGCCGAGAGCAGCCAGGCCGUCAUGUCGCUGCCCAAGCUGCAGCAGGUGCCGGGGCUGCACCCGCAGGCCGUGCCGCAGCCGGACGUGGCCCUGCACGCGCGGCCCGCCACCAGCACGGUCACAGGUCUGGGUCUCUCCUCCCGGACCCCGGCCGUGAGCACCUCGGAGUCGAGCACGGGCACCAGCACCCCAUCCACGCCCACCACCACCAGCCAGAGCCGCCUCAUCGCCUCGUCCCCCACCCUCAUCUCAGGGAUCACCAGCCCCCCCCUCCUGGACUCCAUCAAGACAAUCCAGGGCCACGGCCUGCUUGGCCCCCCCAAGUCCGAGCGCGGCCGCAAGAAGAUCAAGGCGGAGAACCCAGGGGGCCCUCCUGUCCUCGUAGUGCCCUACCCCAUCCUGGCCUCGGGCGAGACUGCCAAGGAGGGCAAGACGUACAGGUGUAAGGUGUGCCCGCUGACCUUUUUCACCAAGUCCGAGAUGCAAAUCCACUCCAAGUCGCACACAGAGGCCAAGCCCCACAAGUGCCCGCACUGCUCCAAGUCCUUUGCCAACGCCUCCUACCUGGCCCAGCACCUGCGCAUCCACCUGGGCGUCAAGCCUUACCACUGCUCCUACUGUGAUAAGUCCUUCCGACAGCUCUCCCACCUCCAGCAGCACACCAGAAUCCACACAGGCGACAGACCCUACAAGUGCCCACAUCCUGGCUGUGAAAAGGCUUUCACUCAGCUCUCCAACCUCCAGUCUCACCAGCGCCAGCACAACAAGGACAAGCCCUACAAGUGUCCCAACUGCUACCGGGCCUACUCGGACUCCGCCUCCCUGCAGAUCCACCUGUCGGCCCACGCCAUCAAGCACGCCAAGGCCUACUGCUGCAGUAUGUGCGGGCGGGCCUACACCUCGGAGACCUACCUGAUGAAGCACAUGUCCAAACACACGGUGGUGGAGCACCUGGUGAGCCAUCACUCACCCCAGAGGACGGAGUCUCCUGGCAUUCCGGUGCGAAUUUCCCUCAUCUGAGCCGCCCCAAGGCACUGCCCCGCCCUGCCCGCUGGCAGACCCAGACCCAGGCAGCACCAGGCCCGCCUCCCUCCAGGGGCCUUCCAGGAACAGCCGAGCUCUCUCACGACCUCCCUGACCUUCCAGAAAGCCUGGGCCACAGGAGCCGGCCCAGUCCAGCUCCAGGGGCGGCCAGGCCAACUGCAAGAUUCUGGACUGUUUUGGUGGCAUCCAAAGACGAUCUCAGAGCACUUUGAACCUCUGUUGGGUUUUCUUUUGUUCCCCGCCCUUCAUUUGCUUCACUGUUUUUUUUUUUUUUUAAGUUUGUUUGGAAAUAACAAAAAAGAUAUUUAUUGGCCAAGAAGUUGGUGCUGCUAAGACCGAGAAACUAAAAGAAUCGGACAGAUGGACACAGAGAACCCGAGGGCAGCGGGGGACCGUCUCUGGGCACGGCCUCGGGUCUCCAGGGCAAUGCCAGGCCUGGGUUCUGGACUGCGGAGGGCCCUCGGGUGGGACGGGGCAGGAAGCAGCUGGAGUGAGCCACUCAGCCCUGCGUGCCCAGCUCGACCGCUUGAGCUGUGCCCUGGGCAUCACUGAGCAGAGGAGUGUGGCAGCCGCCAGGGCUGCCCAGGCUUUGGAGGAGAACGAGAGGGGCCGGGAGAUGCACAGGACCAAAGGGCUCAGCGUUGGGCGGGGCUGGGCGCAGGCCCAGGGAAAUGGUGGGAGCAGGCUGGGGAAGACCGGCCCCUGCCUUGAAGACCACCCAGUCUACCUCCGUGCUGGCCAGGAAAUCUAUUGGCUACCUCUCCCACCAUCCCAGACUGGGGCAGGGGGGUAGGGAGGGAGUAGGCCCGGGGCUAAGGACCCCUCCCCAGAACUUCCUCCAGAUGGGGCAGAGCCCAGGGAGGGUACCCUGUCUUCCCUGCACUGGAGGGGCCAUCUCCAGCCCAGGCCCUAGCGCCCAGGCCGGGAAGGGAUCCUCGGGGAGGAGGGGCCCAGGAGCAGACCCUGCCCUCAGCCCCCACAGACACACCCCAAUCUGAAAGCCAUGCGUGUCCAUGUAUAUAGGAACUAUAUGUACAGAGCCCGGAGAAGCCCCCCUACAUCCCCCGGGAAAGAAAAAAGAAAACUAGACAGAAACUCAUCUAUAUAUUCUGUAUCUGGAGUUCCGUUUUGAAUAUUAACUGUGUUAUUUUUAUACACUUUUUAAGCCUUAACUCGCCAUUGAUUUACCAGUUUAACGUUUCCUGGGGUUUCUUUUCCCGUGGGGUUCCCCGCCCCGCCCCUUUGUUUGACUUGCGUCUGAUACUCAGUAUUGUAGCUUUUCGUCCGCAUGUUACUACCCUGUAAAUACGCUGUUCUACAUACUGUUAACACCCCUUUGCUUUUUUCUAUGGGACCUCCAGGCCACCAUAUUUAGAACUAGUUACCUUAUUAAAAAAGAGAAAACAGUCUGUCGGCUUCUCAGUCUGCAUCUCGGUGGCAGGGAGGUGAGGGCCGGUGCCCCUGACACUGCAGGAAAGAAAUUUGCGUUAUAUUUAAGAAAAGGGGAGGGGAGCAAAACAAAACGCCAAUGUGGGGGCAGACACUGAAGGGGACAAGAAACAGGGAUUCCGAACCCUCUGCUCUGUGUAUUUCUCUGUUGUGAAGAAUAAACCGUUCCUGCACCCGG